UAAUGUUUACCAAUCGGUUUGGGGGUUACGUCUAUCAUUUAUUUUAAUUACAUUAUCUUCUUGAAAUCCGGACAUUGCGAUGCGCUUCAAGUAGACCGGUUCGUGCUCUAUAGUCUCCCCGUGAAAUUAUGAAACAACCGGAAACAUCGCCAGGCAUCGUAGCAUCGUGAUAUGUGUGAUAGGCAGUCGUGCCGAAAAAGUUCCAUGCGUCGCAAUAAUUUUCUAGUCAACAGCGAGUUUUGUGGAUUCAGCUUGUGAUAAUAUAUGAUAAUAAUAUUAUGGCUACUUCGAAUUUCGUGCUGGGCGGAUUGGCCUCGGUGGGUGCUACGUUCUUCACAAAUCCCAUAGAAGUCAUCAAGACGCGAAUCCAGCUGCAGGGAGAGCUGGCGGCACGAGGCUCCUAUGUGGAGCCCUAUAAAGGAAUUGUUCAGGCUUUCGUGACGGUUGCAAAGAACGAUGGCAUGGCCGGUUUGCAGAAGGGCUUGGCUCCUGCCCUCUUGUUCCAGUUCAUCAUUAAUUCUUUCCGGUUAAGCAUUUACUCUGCGGCGGUGGAGAAGCGAUGGAUGCACAACAAGAAUGGAGAGGUCUCCUACGGCCUCGGCCUAAUGUGGGGUGCCAUCGGAGGAGUGGUGGGCUCAUACUGCUCCAGUCCGUUCUUUUUGGUCAAGACUCAGCAACAGUCGCAGGCUGCCAAACUAAUCGCCGUCGGGUAUCAGCAUACACACACCUCCAUGAUCGAUGCCUUGCGCAAGAUCUACAUUAAGAACGGAAUCCCUGGCUUGUGGCGCGGAUCUGUGGCCGCUCUUCCUAGGGCCGCUCUGGGAUCCGGGGCCCAGAUAGCUACCUUCGGCAAGACCAAAGCAUUGCUCAUCGAGCACGACCUUGUUACGCAGCCCACGUGCAACUCCUUUUGUGCAGGACUGAUCGCCGGCUCCAUCAUGUCGGUGGCUAUCACACCACCGGACGUGAUCACCACGCGUCUGUACAAUCAGGGGGUUGAUAUGCAGGGCCGCGGCCUGCUCUACAAGGGUUGGCUGGACUGCUGCGUGAAGAUCCUGCGAUCCGAGGGUGUACACGGUAUGUACAAGGGCUUCUGGGCCAACUAUCUGCGGAUUGCCCCGCACUCCACUCUCGUCCUGCUCUUCUUUGACGAACUGAUCGUCAUGCGCGAAAAGUACGACCUGCACUACUGAAACUACCGUGGUGGGAUGGUCUAAUUGUCUACUUUAAGUACAAAUUUGUUCACUUGUUUGAGAUUUUUGUUUUGCCUUAGUUCGUAGCGACCAGAGUUCGUUCCCAGAUCCAAUCUCCUAUGCUUAGCGUAGCCAAAGAACUAUAAAUGUGCCUUCAGUAUGCUAAUCCUGUACCUUUAGUUGGUAAUUGUGCAAUACGUUGGUUAAUAAACCGUUUCAUUUUGUUAUA